GUGAAAUGGGGCGUUGAUUGAGUAUGUCAGGCUCAGAAGCUGGGCUAUGCUGGGCUCAAGCUUGGUCUUAGUUAACCCAGCCCUGAUUGCAGCGAGCCAUGGGCUGCGAGAGCAGCAAGGUGCAAGCAACCGAAAGCGCUACAGUGCAGAUAUCCAGAUAUCAAGAGUUCCUGCAGCGCUGUGCUCCGUCCAUCAGCCUCAUUUCGGACAAAGAGGCCGCGGCGUGUCUGGACAUGUGGGUGGACAGCUUCCAAGCGGAUCCACCCAAUCCCAUGUUCUUAUGGAUCGUGAAGGACGAGCGUCUGUCCAAGGAAGAGCAGCGGCGACGACUUAUGCUGCAGCUCCGAUACAUGCUCGACUAUGUGGCCAGACCUCUCAAGCAGUAUGGCGCAACGCUCGUCAUCAGAGAUGACAGCGGCGCCAUCCAAGCGGCCGCAGGCCUCUACAUGCCCGGCACGUGCAAGGCCCCAGGGGCAAUGUCAAACCUGAUGGUGGUGGGUUUGCCACCGGUGGUGAAAUACGCGCCGAGGUGGGGCACUCUGGGGUGGAAGAAGCUGGACAGCCUGAAAGCGGUGGACAGGGCAAAGGCUGACCUACUGAAGGAGGUGGGCCCGUCCUGGUACCUACAGCUCCUGGGCGUAAAGCCAGGCUUGCAGAAAGCGGGCUACGGGCGCAGGCUCCUUGAGGCGAUUUGCGCCUUUUCGGACGAGCAGCAGAUGCCCACCUUGUUGGACUGCGAGACCGAGUGGCACGAGAACUACUACGGGCGCUUUGGGUUUAGGACCUGGCGCCGGGUAGAUCUGGAGGUGAAGGGUUGUGAGGAGAAGAUGCCCCAGUUCAUCAUGCUGCGCCCCCAAGGCAAGGCCAAGGCGGUGUGAUCGCCGGGCCCUUUUUCGGAGUGCCCCUUAGUCAGCUUCAAGCAUCUAGGCCUGCCCUCCUUUUUCCCGUUUCGCAUGCCAAUGCUUUGGCAGGAUUGCUCCGACCGAACUCGAUCCAACC